UUUUUAUUGUAAAAAAGUAAAAACAAAAAAAAAUCAUUAUAUUUUCUUAUUUUUUGCUGAAGUCUGUAAAAUUUAUCAAAGCUAAUUGCAGAGAUCAGAGAAAGAGAGAGACAGAAGAUCGUUUGAUUUGUGAAAAAUGUGGGGGAAGCUAAACCAAUCUAUGCUUGGGGAUAACGAAGAGGGUGAACAGGGUUUCUUGGAUGAAGAAUCUGAAGGCUUGUGCUCUUCUCUAUCUGCUACUCAGAGAAUGUAUGCGUUUGGAGGUUGUUUGCUGGCUGGGAUGGUUUGUAUGUUCCUGUCGAUGAUUGUCUUUGCCAAACCCAUCAAAUUUGCCAUUUUGUUCACCUUUGGCAAUUUGUUGGCGGUUGGAAGCACAGCUUUCCUCUUUGGCCCUGCCCAACAAAUGCGAAUGAUGUUUGACACAGUCCGAAUUUAUGCAACAGCUAUUUACCUUGGAUGUGUUGUUUUAGCACUCGUCUGUGCUCUCUUGAUUCAAAGCAAAGUUUUGACACUAAUUGCAAUGAUAUGUGAGAUCUGUGCCCUUAUUUGGUACAGUCUGAGUUAUAUUCCUUUUGCUCGAAGAAUGGUUUCAGAAUUGAUGAUUCGUUUAUGCGACACCGAGCUUUAGCUGUUGCAAUUCAAAACAGUUCAGGGUGUUAUAGUCUUGAAAUUUUGUGAUACGGUUUACAUCUCUAUACCCUUGUUGGUUGUUGGUUGAGUUCAGUUUUUUUUAUCGCUGAACAGUUGAAUGUUUGAGUAGGGUUUUCUUGUAUUUGUGAUUGCUAUUGCAGCAUGUAAAAUGUGUGAUUUUUGACAUCUUUGAGUCAUCUCUGCAAUACCACCAGGAAUAUUAGGUUCCUCUGUCAUAA